GCGGCGGGAGCGCGGGCGCGGACAGAGCCGGCGCACCGACCAUGGCCUCCAGGUGCCCCAAGUGCGACAAGACCGUGUACUUCGCCGAGAAGGUGAGCUCCCUGGGCAAGGACUGGCACAAGUUCUGUCUCAAGUGCGAGCGCUGCAACAAGACACUGACGCCGGGGGGCCACGCUGAGCAUGACGGGAAGCCCUUCUGCCACAAGCCUUGCUACGCCACACUGUUUGGACCCAAAGGUGUGAACAUCGGUGGCGCGGGCUCCUACAUCUAUGAGAAGCCCCUGGCUGAGGGGCCCCAAGUCACUGGCCCCAUUGAGGUCCCUGUGUCCCGAGCGGAGGACCGGAAGGCCAGCGGCCCCCCCAAGGGGCCCAGCAAAGCUUCCAGCGUUACGACUUUCACUGGAGAGCCCAACAUGUGCCCUCGCUGCAACAAGAGGGUCUACUUCGCCGAGAAGGUGACGUCUUUGGGCAAGGACUGGCACCGGCCGUGCCUGCGCUGCGAGCGCUGCGGGAAGACGCUGACGCCCGGCGGGCACGCAGAGCAUGAUGGCCAACCCUACUGCCACAAGCCCUGCUACGGAAUACUCUUCGGACCCAAGGGUGAGUGUUCUCAAGCGGUUCCCGGGGUUCACGUGCCCCUCCGUGCCUCUCUCCAUCACCCCUGCCUAUCUCCACAGGCGUGAACACCGGGGCCGUGGGGAGCUACAUCUAUGACCGGGACCCCGAAGGCAAAGUUCAGCCUUAGGGCGCAGCCCUCCGCAGUCACCCGCCUCUGCCCCUGCCUCUGCCCUGCCCCUGCUGGACCCACUGCCUGGCUCCCUGGAGGGGGUGCGGCGGGCCUUGCUUCCUGUUCUGCCCCAGCCCGUUAAGCCUGCAAGUCAGGGCGUGAGUGUUGGGGAGGAGGCGGCCUCUCACUAUCUACCGACAAGGCCCAUCUGCCCUUCCCCAUUUUCUGUGUCGUCUUUGUGUUUCAGUCGGCUUGUUUCCCCGGUGUUAAUUGCCUCUGUGUUAAUUGCCCCGUGUCCUUGUGUAUGCCUGCAUGUCCUGUGUACCCCCAUGUCCCUAUGCAUCCCUGUGUGUCCCCGUGUCUGUAUGGCCCCAUAUGUCCUGUGCCUCCCAGUGUCCCCAUGUGUCCCCGUGUAUCCUGUGUCCCGUGUCCUGUGUCCCCAUGUGUCCUGUGCCUCCAUGUGUCCUGUGUCCCUGUGUGUCCUGUGUCUUCAUGCGUCCUGUGUUCCCAUGUGUCCUAUGUCCCCCUGUGUCCUAUGUCCCCGUGUGUUCAGUGUCCUGUGUCCCCGUGAGUCCUGUGUCCCUACAUGUCAUGUCCCGUCUUAUGUCCCCAUGUGUUCUGUGUCUUUGUUCCAUGUCUUGUGUCCCCAUGUGUCCUGAGUCCUGUGUCCUGUGUCUUUGUCCCAUGUCCGGUGUCCCCGUGUGUUCUGUGUCCCCAUAUGUCCUGUGUCCCUGAGUAUGGGUCUCUUGGAGGUGGCUCUCUCUCCCUCCCCUGCUCCCUUGGCCUGCCCACCAGUAUUAUUUAUGCUCCCCUUGGGCCACGCCCUUCACAGCUCCCACAGGCUGAAUGCACCCUUGCCCAGACCCCUCUGCCCAGCACCCACACCAUCUCAAAAGCACCCUGCCCUAUGGCCCUCAUGUGGUCAGACACAACGUCGCCCGGACUUUUGCUGUCAAUAAAGAAUUUGAGAACUGCA